GACAAGGCUGACCGGGAAAGGAGAAGUUCGGUCGUCUGGUCUUGACAGAAACUUUGUCGCAUUCUUUGGUUCAUUCGUCCCUCCACCACCAUCGCUUCCCACCUCCAAACCCACCACAACACUUGAAAUACUCUCUGCAUACUUGACUUGCAAUCGUAUGUUGCACUAUCAACACAUCCCUCAUCCGUUUGUAGCGCUUGCCAGAUCUUGACUUUCAUGCCUGCGUACAUUCUCGUUCGUUCACUCUCCACUGUUUCUGUCCGGCUGUGCCAUGAGCAAAGUACCAGAUGCAUGGGAGGACGAAUGGUCCAACAACGCUGAUGACAGUCCAACCGCUCCUGCUGAGUCCGCCGAACCUAAGAAGGUCACAUCCAAAGUAAGCAAGGCUCAGCGGAGAGCGCAGCAAGCCGAGUUCAACAGACAACUCUGGGCCGAAGCCGAAGGACCUAAAGAGACCAACUACUUUCUCGAAUCACGCAACGUCGUUCCCCACCGUACCGAAUUCAAGCCUCCACCCAUCCUUCUGUCGCGAAAAGGCCCCAAAGUCCAGUCCUCUCGACCGCCCACGGCAGGCUUUUCCGAUCUAAGCAUCAACGACAGAACGAACGCCGAAUCGUCCGAGGACGAGGACGAGGCCAAAGAGCGAGAACUUUCACUUGCAGAGCGCCAGGCCCAAGCCGCAAAAGAGCGGGAGGAGAAACAGCGCAAGUACGAAGAGCGCAGACAGGAACUUUUCGGUUCGUCAAGUACUCAACAAGCGACCAACAAGUCCGGAACGUCAACUCCUUCGAAUCUCACGCCGCCAGGUUCACGAUCAGCCACGCCGAAUCGUGGACGAGGAAAAGGUGGACGUCGAGGCGGUGCCAACUCCAAUACCAGGAAUCAGUCACGGGUUUUGCAGCAUCCAGAUUUGUUUGAUCCGUCAUACGCGCCCAAGCAGGAAUCGAGUUACGUUCAACGUCAUGAAAGUCGCGUCAGCGGCGGGCGAACACCAGAGAUUCGACCCAUUCGUGCGCCCAAGGGGCCAGAUGGAUCUGGCAGAGGCGGAUUUGGAUUUGCGAGUUCCAGGUCUCCGAAGGACGAGACAGGUGCUGUAAAUACUGCUGCAAUGCCCGAUGCAAGUGACUGAAUGCUUUUGCCGAGGCGAGAUGUUUCGCUUCGGGAGCCUGGGGAUGAGAUGUCCAGACGACAAGCAAAGUCCAGGGACGCUCACGACAAACAGCCCUUCGGCUACUCACCCCCUCCAGGGAUGAUAACCGUCAGCAGUACAUGGCUCAGCUUCGACCAUGUCCAUAUGCGAUCCGCGCCCGCAGAAAGCC